AUGACGCAAAUAUGGCUUUGGCAGCCAUCCAAUCACCCACCCGAGGGCCCCAUUCGAGAAGAUCAAUACAAAUGUGCAUGUGGGCUAACGGCAAAGUUCGGUUUCACUGUGUUCACCAUCUUCGAUAUUGUCCUUUUGGUCUUCUCGAUCAUCGGCCUAUUCAUUGUUCCGUUUCUUUUGGCUUUUCAAUUCCCCCUUGCCAUCGGGAUGAUCGUUCUGGCUGUGAUGUCGAUUAAAACUCUUCGGCCAUUCUUCAUGCAAAUCUACGGAAUCAUCUAUAUAAUCGAGAUGGUUUAUUUGUUCAUCGCUUUGGCGGCUAUGUUCUUCCUCUUUGUUUUGACUGGAUUCCUUUUGCUGUUUGUCAAAGUGCAAACUUCCGAGGAAAGGACAAACAAAAAUAUCACCGUGAUCACCUCGUUUGUGGUCGCCAUUCUCUCUGUUCUCACCGCUAUUUUGGCUCUUUGGCGGUGCAAAGUGAGCUGGGAGUUUUACAAAUAUGUUAGAGACCGCCAGCUGGCCAUUGAAAAGCAACCAAGCAACAUUGGAUUCAAUCAAGUGGCU